CAUGACGCAAUCCCGUUGAGCGGUGUCUCUGGCACGGGGAGGGGGGUGGUGGUGGGUAAGGGGGUUUCCAUCAUGGCGUCAAUGCAGAAAAGGUUACAGAAGGAGCUAAUGGCUUUGCAAAAUGACCCACCCCCAGGGAUGACUUUAAAUGAGAAGAGUGUACAAAAUUCAAUAACGCAAUGGAUUGUAGACAUGGAAGGAGCACCAGGCACAUUAUACGAAGGAGAGAAAUUUCAACUUCUCUUCAAAUUCAGUGGUCGUUACCCUUUUGAUUCACCUCAGGUUAUUUUCACUGGUGAUAAUAUUCCAGUUCAUCCUCAUGUUUACAGCAAUGGACAUAUUUGCCUCUCCAUUUUGACAGAAGACUGGUCUCCAGCUCUCUCUGUGCAAUCAGUCUGUCUUAGCAUCAUCAGUAUGCUUUCCAGUUGCAAAGAAAAGGUGUGGAUUCAACCUAUCAUUAUCUCUGAAAAGGCUUCCCCCUUUUCUUUUCAAGAAGGAAAUCCAAGAGAGAAGCUAGCUGCUUGGCAUCUUCUUAUUUCUGCAGUCUCAGAAGGAGGAAGAGAUGUUUUCUCAUUCAAUGGCUACUAUUUUUGCUGUAGUAUCCAAACACACAGCUGGUUUUGGGCUAGUGGCUACAAUCAAAAGAGGCGGCCUCCUGAUAAUUCAUUUUAUGUAAGGACAUGUAAUAAAAAUCCAAAGAAAACAAAAUGGUGGUAUCAUGAUGACACAUGUUGAUGUUCAGAUUCUUGGAAUCUGGUAGAGGAAAAAGUACUGCUGAGUCCAAAAGCACUUUGAUCAGUCAAUUUUUGAACUUUAACACAGACUUGCCUGCAGGCACUGAAAACUACUUCCUUUACUGCAUUUCUACUAGUGUAUAUCAGGGCACAUACUGAUAGCUGGUUAAGUUCCUGCGACUGACCCUAUUUCAUUUAUUAAGCAGUAUUAAUGCAGCACUUAGGAAGAAAUCUUGUAAUUUCAACAAUAAAUCAUCUCUGUUGUUUAGUUUACUGUGAGGAUAUACCUUGUGAGAAGGUUUGAAACCCUCCUGUGUUGUGCAAUAAAUGGUUAUUGGCGCAUGCUUGGAGAUUUAAAACAAAAGGAAAUCUGUGCAAUAAAAGCAAAGGGAUCCAUUUUAAUUGACAUUUGCAACUGUAUUAUUGUACUAAGUUUCAUGCAUUGCUGUCACGUGGCAAGGUAUGUAAAAACUUGUAGCAUAUUUUGCUGUGACAACAAAUUUAAUUCAUUCAAUGAAGCAUUCCUAAACUUAAAAUUUUUGAAUACCAAUUGUCUCAAUUAUAUUUAAUUUAUUUUACUUGUGCCAAAUUACCUUUUGAAAAAUAUUUUCUUCAUGGGUAUUUGUCAGGGUCAUUGACUAGCCUUCAGUGUGGGCCUCAUUCUCCCAUUUUCCCAAAAAGACAGUUUUAAACUGGAACGCAACCAUAAUGUAUUGUUUCACAUUCAUUUUGUUUCUCCAAUGUCACAUUUUUUGUUGUCAUACUUGAAGCUUCUGAUAUGAAAUGUAUUUUGAAUGAAAAGUUGUUUUGUCCUAAUACUGUCUCCUGUAAAUUAUUUCACAUGUAUCUGACACCUUGUCUUUAAUUCUUCAUGCUCUAAAAAUUGCAAUCCAUCUUGAAGGAUAUAAUUAAUGUUUUGACAUAUUACUUAAAGAUGUUUAACAUAUAUGUUGCUGUGUUGCAGUUUAAUAGCUUCUCAUUAUGAAAAAGAUAGAACUAAUCUUUGUUAUACCAUUAUUUAUGAAUGAAAUUAAAUUCUGUAGGUUGAAAUUUGAAAGUAAUUGUAAAAAUAUGAGGCUUGAAUACUCUAUACCACUAUUGCAUAUAUUCUUAAUGGCAAAAUUAGGGCUGAAAGCUGAGUGGAAAAUGAUUUCAGGGUGCACCUGUUGAAACCUCCAAAGAUGAUACCUGAGGUAGACCAGAGUGAUGAUUCUUUUUCCCCAAAGGACUGCUAAUCUGUGUAAGAAAUCUAACCUUUUGUGUACUGAGUCGCCUUUGUAGCAUUCACAAAUUGACAUUUGUUGAUACCUGCACCACCAUUUUUUCUAAAUUUCUAAUUUAAAACUUAGAGAAGUUGGAAACCAUAUUAUUAUUCAUGGUAGCCUGAUAAAUAAGACCAACAUGGUCAGAUAGUUAUUAUUUUCAGUAAUGCAGCAGCUCCACUACAGGGUUAAAUCAUUAGUUGUACUAUCCCUUUCUCAAAUAUGCAAAAUUGUGUUUUUUGUGUAAAGGUAUUAAAGAAAACCAAAUAUAUUUAGCUUUCCAUUUUAUUUUAGUUUUAUUGAUCGGUAACUUUGACUUCCCUAUGAACUAUUCACUAACAACUUCCAUGAACAAAAUUUAGCUGAUUAAUCAGAGCAUAGCCAGCCACGCUUCUGAGUUCAUUUAUUUUGGGCAAAGUCUGUAAAUACUGUCCUGUACUUCAGUCUGAAGUGCCUAUAUUACCUGUUGUUUGCCAUAUUAUGGUCAAGUUAUAUUAGGGGUAAGGCUCAUAACUAACACUUCAGGUUUAAUUGCUUGCAAAUCCAUCUACUGGCUGAGAGUUUUCUUAAAUUAGGAUUGCUUGAUCACAGAUUAAGGGAGUUUUAACAUCUCAACAAAUGUCCACUUUUUCAGAUGGCAUUUGUGUGAAACCACAAUUUAUGUGUUUAUUAAGUCAAAACAUUAUUUCUCCAAUUAUGUUUGGACAUGGGCUGUGCAGCCUGCAAUAUUUUGGGAGAAAUUUAUCUCAGCAAAUUCUAAAUAUCUAAGAUACAAUAUUAAAGCAUUGUCCAGACAUUUAAGUGUAUAAUUUGACAUCUCUGCAGGACCAGUGUUAAAUUUUAACUAGACUCAGCUUAUCUUUUUUAAAAAACAAAAUGCCAGCUAAUUGACUUGAUGUAGCCUGAAUGUAGUUUAUAUUUGUACAGAUCUUGCAUUUGCAAAAGUUUUAACAAAAUGCUGCAUUUACCAUUUGUUAAUAUCAUUGGAGGUGGAAAUAAUCUCAUGGUUUGUGGUGUUAAUUUGGCACUCUGGGUCAAAAUUUGUAUACUGUUAAUUGUACCAUAUUUUGAGUGUUAUACUGUGGAGGAAAAAUACAUGGCAAUGAAUUGGCGAAAGAAAAAAUAAAUCUUAGUUUUAUACAAUAGAGCACUUAAAUAAUAACAUUUAUUUCUGAAUAACAGCAUAGUAAACUACAAAGGAUUUUCUAAGCAUUGUUUUCACUUCUAAACAUAGUUUUGACAACGUUUUAGUAAAUGUGUCAUUAAAUGGGGAUUUCUUAGUAUGCUCUGAGCAGGCCAUAUGUAGAAUGUUCGUGCCACUUUAUAGAAAUCUGGUAGAUUUUCAGAAAUCCUUUUUUCAUCCCAUCCAGUUCUUCCUGGCCUAGUAGUGAAGAAUGUAAUGGACUGCUUUUUGCCAAGAAGGGUAUCUACUGAGAAUUUAAUUAACUUUUUAAAAUUCGAUGAAUGUUUGAGCUCUAUAAAUUUAGUAUGUUCUGAACAGUGCCAGACAAAGUUCCCCAAUGCUGAAAAGCUUGCGAAAAUCUAAAUAGUAAUUUACCUAGAACAGAGGCCUAAUCCUUCAAUCUGGCUGUGAAAAUUCUACUUGUUUUAGCUUUUAUAGCUGCAAUAUUAUGUUGAAAUUUGUGUUAUUGUUGCUUGGUUUUGUUUGGAUGUGAGAAAACAUAGAUUGUUGCCAAUAUAGGCAUUUUUUUUUAAAUGGCCUUCCUGAUUUAAGGAUCUAUAGGUGCAUUCUUGUUAUCUCUGGCCUUGAGAUUUUAUUCACCCUGCAUUGGGUUCUUUGUUCCUUCCAUUAUCUAAACCGUCAGCAGCUAAGCAGACCAGGUGACUCCAUUGUGCUAAACCUUAAAAAUCAUUAAAACUCAAAGUUCCAGCAACAUGCUCACUAAACUGAAAUGGCUGUGAAGUAAAUGUCUUUCGGUUAGAGAGAGGAUUCCUAUUCCUGCUUGUUGUUCAGUUACUCUUGAUAAAGAGAUAUGUGACAUUGCUAGAUCAUAUUUGACUAAGCUAUGUUUUAAAUGUGAGUAGCCCACCGGGGCAUUCAGAAUUGAUUUUACUGAAGUAGAACAUUGUUUAUGACUGUGUACUGUUUUAGGAUGAGUUAUUAGCUUCAGAAGAAAAGAAUGUUGGAAGUCUCUUGGACAUGAAAUUUUGAUCCAGGGAAAUCCUUCCAUGUAGACCAGGAACUACAACCUACACGACUGAAACAUUUUCCAUGAAGUGAUUUCUACAAAUUUCUAAAAAUGUUGUUUGUUUAAUGUUCCAUGUGAGAGUUCGAAUAGAUUUAAAACUUUUCAUGUGCAAAAUAACUGCCCAAACAUACCUCGUACUCUGUUCCCAAAGGAUGUUCUGAUCUACAAAAUCACUGUAAUCAGUAGUAGGAUGAAAAUGCAUUUUUUAAAAAUUCACUUAAAUAUUUACUGUAACUGUUGGUAAAUGCAGUGCCCAGUGCAAAACUUCACCAUGCAGAUAGGAAGUUACCAGGUUCUAUCCCCACACUUCUUAGCAAGCCCAUCUCACUUAAGAUUGUAGUGCUUGAGGGUUGGGUGGAGGGAAUAAUGAGAGUUCUUGCAUGUCCUCUCAGAUCAGCUGCUCCUGUUGGAAAUAAAAGUGUGGAUUUGGAUGAGGCUUGUUUGAAAUGGCCUCAAAUCAGGAAGUGUUGAAUUGGAAACCACAGGACAGGAGUGAUUCUGGGUGGGGAAGCCUCAAUUUUGUUACUACCAUUCUCUGGUUCCUGCAUAUUGCAUAUUCCUUGAUCUUCUGAUUUCAGUUUAAUUUUCAUUCAUUCACCUUUUUAUGCUGUCAUUUCUGUAAAUGUUACUUGCAGUUUUUACUCAGUGGAAGAAAGAAAUGUGAUGCACAGUCAUGAGAAUUCUUCUGUGAACAUGUUAUUCAAUGAAUAAUCACUUGUGUAUUUUAUAACUGGUCACGUUCACCACCAAUCGAUUGGGACAACUUUCAUAAUCCUCUCUAAGUUCUGUUCCCUUAAAAAAAAAUUGGUUUAUUUCUAAUGCAAGGACAAUGACAUGCAACAUAGUUGUUUUGAAAUAAUAAAAGUUAACAUUAAAACCCUA